AUGGUCAAGAAAUACCCGGAUGGGAAGGCCAGUGGUUACUUGCACUCCCUGAGGCCUGGAGACUCACUCACAUUUGCGACUUCACUCAAAGGCUAUCAAUGGAAGCAGAAUGAGUUAUCACAUGCCUACCUCUUGGCUGGCGGGGCGGGAAUCACGCCUAUCUAUCAGCUUAUCAAAGGCAUACUGAAAGAUCCUCAGGAUAGAACGAAACUGACUCUGAUCUUCGGAGUCAAUUCCGAGGAAGAUCUACUAUUGAAGGAGGAACUUGAUCGUUAUGCCACCGAGUUUCCUGACCGCUUUAACUACAUAUACACUGUUAGCCGUCCAAAAGAGGAGAACUCCCCUUACAGAACAGGGUACAUCGACGAGGAGUUUCUAAGGAGCACAUUCAAGGAGUCGACGCAGAAUACAAAGGUCUUCAUUUGCGGUCCUCCGGCGAUGGAAGAUUCUCUGGUUGGAACAAGAAGAUCGCCUGAAGGAAUCUUGAGCCGAUUGGGCUUCUCCAAGGAUCAGGUUCAUAAAGUCUGGAGCUAUCUUACUUGCGAGAGCCUUGUAUAUAGAUAUGCCUCUGACCUGAAGUCGCAGACUACAGUGCCAGAAACCGCAAAGAUGAGCGGACAGGCCAAAUCGCUAUAUCCGGAGCCUAAUGUAUUGACCUCCUCUCUGAAGGUGGGAGCCGUGACUGGAUCUGCUGGUCUCAUAUACGGGGGAAUAUCAGGAGUUAUCCGGUCUCCUCACCCCGUCAUUCAUUCUAUCUCUUGCGGAAUCCACUGGUUUGCAUGUGGAGCCUCCUUUUGGUGGUUGAGAAGCAACAUUCUGAAGCUUCACUAUGAAGACAAGGCGACCCCUAAGCAACGGGCUUAUGUCAGCGCCCUCUCUGGAGGAGUUGCCGGAGGGGCUGUUACGAGGCUAAUGGGCGGGCGACUUGUCCCUGGGCUAGUUGUUUUCUCGCUACUAGGCUAUGUCGGGCAAAGCUCUUAUAAUGCGAUCGACACCUGGCAAAUGGAGAACGCGAAUACGACGUCUAAGCCGUUCCUGCAGCGGAUGGCCGACUCCAAAUGGAUCCCGCUCAAGUCACUCUCAGAUGACGAUUACAGGGGUAUUCUGAACGAGAAAGUGUUGAGUAUCGAGGCUGAGAUCGCACUUAUUGACGACAAGAUCGGGGAGCUGGAAAAGCUCAAGACUAGUGGUCUCGAAUCGGGAAAUUCGGAUCCUGCAGCUAAGUAG